AUGCCCGACUGGAAAUCACCCGCAGAGCUGCAGAAGGACGCGGCUGCCUUCAUCAAACUCAUCCAUGUUCUCUUGGGGGUAUACGCAUACGAAUGGUUUCUUUCUCUAAAGUUCGAUUUCAGUUUCUUGUUGGGAAGGAAGAAAUUCCGUUGGCCAAUGAUCUUCUACUUCGCGAACAGAUAUCUCCUUCUUUUCGCGCUGGUAGGGAUCAUUAUUUCCAUGGAUGUUACUUCGAAGGUCGAUUGCCAGGCCCUGUACACUUUCAAUCAAAUUGCAGGUAAUGCUGCAAUGGGUCUAGCAAGCAUCAAUCUUUCAAUACGAACGAUGGCGAUAUGGUCGCAAAAUAAAUACAUUGUUGGUCUCCUCGUCCUAAUCAUUCUCGGUCACUGGUCCUUGAUCCUACAAGGUAGAUACGUCGCUGCCGAACCCCUCUCUUCUUCUGACGCUCUGGCAGGUAUCCAACUGAAAGCAACCUGGGUCGACGGCGUGGGUUGCGUCAUCACUCAAACGAACAACACCAUCCUCGCCGCGAUCUUCAUCUACUCGAUGUGUUUCGACCUUAUCGUCCUCCUGCUCAACACUUACAAGCUCCUCGGAAUCAACGAUAAGACGGCGAAUCUCCUUGGUCGGAGCCGACUCACUCAGAUGAUAUUCGAGGACGGGUUGAUCUUCUUCAUCAUCGCGUUCCUGGCAAACCUUUGCGCAACCGUAUUCAUGCUCCUUAACCUCAACCAGAUCAUGACGAUCAUCUUCAACGUCCCCGCUGUUGUUGCCUCCUCCACCGUCGCAUGCCGCGCGGUUCGUCGUCUCACAAACUUCACCAACUUAGGUCUGGAAGUCUACGGACCGACGGCCUCAUCGGCUGGAGUCACUGGUAUGGCCAAUACAAGAGGUCUGGCCUCACUUCACCACCUCAAAAGUGGUGCUGGUGUGAAGUCUGGUGUACACGUUCAGAUGGAGACGUUCACGCAUAACGAGGACACACUGGCGUUCAGAAACAGCAAAGGUCAGGGCAGUGAGACGGACGUUGAUCUUGAUGUGGAAGCGAAAGGAAGUUUUUGA